GUGGUCCCUAGUGGCCCCGCCCCCUUCCCACCUGGGUGCCGAUUCCCUGAGGCGGGGACCACUCCCUCGACUCUCUGACUACGGUCGAAUCGUAACACCCCCCCCCCCCCUUUUCCGCACCAACUCUGCGUGCUGACGUUCUACGCUCCAGGUACUUUCCCGGCCGCGAGCAGCUGGUGUUCGGCGUCGUCGCUGGGGGUUGGGGGGGGAGCGGGAAGGAGGAGAAAGCAGGGAAAGCGGAGCGCGCAUGCGUUAGGCGGCCGCCGCCGGGGAGAGGAGUGCGGCUCCCACUCUGCUGUUAUACAGCGAGGACGGGGCAUGUGCCUCUCCGGCCGCGGCGGCUCUUCUCGCGCCAGGUCUCGCCCGCCACCAUGUCCGAUACCAUCGAGCGGGAGUUUGAGGAGGUGGAUGCUGAGAACCGGUGGCAGCCCAUGUACUUGGAAAUUCGAAGUCAGUCCCAUGACUACCCUCAUAAAGUGGCGAAAUCUCUAGAAAAUAGAAAUCGAAACAGAUACAGAGAUGUCAGCCCAUAUGAUCAUAGUCGUGUUAAACUGCAAAAUACUGAAAAUGAUUAUAUCAAUGCCAGCUUUGUUGCCAUAGAAGAGGCACAAAGAAAUUACAUCUUAACGCAGGGUCCACUUCCUAAUACUUGUUGUCAUUUUUGGCUAAUGGUUUGGCAGCAAAAGUCCAAAGCAGUUGUCAUGCUAAAUCGAAUUGUGGAGAAAGAUUCAAUAAAAUGUGCACAAUAUUGGCCAACCAAAGAAGAUAAAGUGAUGGUGUUUGAAGAGACAGGAUUCUGUGUGAGGCUAGUGUCAGAAGAUGUCAAAUCAUAUUAUACAGUUCAUCUACUAAAAUUAGAAAAUCUUCAUAGUGGUGAGAUCAGGUUAAUAUCUCACUUUCAUUAUACUACAUGGCCAGAUUUUGGAGUCCCUCAAUCACCAGCUUCAUUCCUCAACUUCUUAUUUAAAGUUCGAGAAUCUGGUUCCCUGAGUGAUGAACAUGGACCUGCAAUAAUUCAUUGUAGUGCAGGCAUUGGCCGGUCUGGCACAUUUUCAUUAGUUGAUACUUGUCUUGUCCUGAUGGAAAAAAGAGAUGAUCCUUUUUCUGUUAAUAUUAAGCAAGUAUUAGUGAAUAUGAGAAAAUUUCGAAUGGGACUUAUUCAGACUCCAGAUCAACUAAGAUUUUCAUAUAUGGCUGUAAUAGAAGGAGCAAAAUUUAUAAUGGGAGACUCAAAUAUACAGAAGCGGUGGAAAGAACUAUCUAAUGAAGACGAGGCACCUAACUAUGAACAUUCACCACCUCAUCCAACUAAAAUAAUUCCUGGAAAGUAUAAUGGGAAUAGGUUAGAGUUAGAAAGUGGCGAAAAAGAUGAAAAAAUAAACCUUACAGAACUCUCCACCAAGAUGCAAGAUACAGUGACAGAGAGCACUGAAAGUGCUGUUCGGAAGAGAUACCGAGAGGACAGAAAAGCUAAUACAGCUCAAAAGGUGCAGCAGAUGAAACAGAGGCUAAGUGAGACUGAACGAAAAAGAAAAAGGUGGUUAUAUUGGAAACCUAUUCUCACUAAGAUCGGGUUUGGUACAAUCAUUUUGGUUGGCGCUUUUGCUUGCUGGACAAUGUAUUUUCGACAGCAUUCCUUACAAAUAAAGCCUUAAUUUGCACAGCAAGCUUCUGCACUAGUAGUUGAUUCAGUUGCUGCAGCAGUUACUUGCUAGGGCUUUGUCUCUUAGCAGCAACACCCUACCUGUACCUGAAAAUGGCGUAGUAGAAUAGACACCAACCAGAUAAGUGAUGGAAAUCAUUCACAAGUCAGCAUCUCAGGACUUUGACCUGCAGGUACUUCUGAAAACCAAAUUGUAAACUGCUAUAUAAAAUAAAGAUGUUAAUGUUUGUUUUCAAGAAAAGUUUUUUUUUUUGCUAAUAUGUUGAUACAGUUAAAAACUUACAUUUUACCAAAUUAAGCUGAAAAAACUCUUGGCCAGAGGGAUAUAUAUAUAUUAUAUAUAUAUCUGUGUAGGUUGUCUAGGUUUUAAUUCACACAUCUGAUACAAGCAAUAAACCUUGUGGUUUUAUCUACAUUAAAACAGAUGAUCCUUAAAGAUGUGCAAAAUGUGUAAUGUAUUCUCAACAUGGGCAUCAACAUUUUAUAUUCUUAGGAUAAAUAUAUUUUAUAACUGCUUAUUUAAUCUCCUUUUGUAGUUAACUGUACUUUUGAAAAAAGCCCAGUUUGAAAAGAUGUUACCAAAAAAUAAUUUUAUUUUGGACCUGAGUGUUCUGAUUUGUGUAUUUAAUUAGAUGUACCCAUAUAAAUUUUCAUUAUUACCAGAGAUUUGGUAUGAGUGACUAAGUUUGACAAAGCAAUUUUUAUUGUAUAUUUUGCAUUCCAUUGUGUUUUGCUAUUUCCCAUACUGAAAAAUAAACCAAAAGCAAUUAAGAAAAGAAAGAAAAGAAGAAUGCUGCUUAUUAGGGACACUGUCAGGUAACUCUUAAUCCAAAAUGUACGGCUCUUAUAAAAUUUAUUUUUCUAAUACUCUUAAAAGUUUUUCAUGAGAAUUUCAAUGAUAAUACACCAUAAAAUAUUAGCCACAACUCAUUUUCCCAAACUGAGUGAAAUGUGAACAUUUGGCUUAAAUUUGUAUGUUCCCAUAUGAAUUUUAAAGUUCUCUAAAAUAUUUGGUUAAAAGGUUAAUUUUGCAGCCUGACCGUGUCCCUUUAGAUUCUUUAUUGAGAUUGUUGAAAAAAUAAAAACAUUUGACUUUUAAAAGCACAUUGUUUUAAUAGAAGCUGUGUUCAGAGUUUAGAGUGCUCUUCAGAGUGCUAGUUUUAUUAAAGUUCCAACAUUCCAUUCAACUUUUAACUUGUCUGUAUUUUAUUGACUUUCAGUUUUAAUAUUUGGAAUUUUCUGAAAAAUAUAGAUAGUAUAGAUAAGCAGUUAAAAUGUUUUGGUUUAAAUUGUUGAAAGUGUUAAAUAACAUUGAAAGUACUUAAUAUAGAUUGUAGGUGGUACAGCUACUUAUUAAAUAUGUUUUUUUUAACUUG